CGUCACUCUACGUCACCUGCUGUCAGGAUUUUAAAGAUGGCGGCGACAGGGACGAUGAUGCGCCUUCACCGCAGCUCCGCGUCUCUGCUGGUUUUCCUCGGAUUGUUGAUCCUCUUCAGUCCAGGACUCUGCGAGGACCAGGUCCCACUCCUACUGUGGACCAGUGAAGGGGUCUCUGCACCGAGUCAGUCUCCUCCUGUGGCCGGUCACAUCGUGGAGCAGGAGCAGCUCUCCUCCUACCUGGAGAAGGCUCUGAAUGAAGGCCCCAAAAAUGUAGUGCUGUUCCUUCAGGACAAGAUGAGCAUAGAGGACUUCACCAUGUAUGGAGGAGCUUUUGGAAACAAGCAGGACAGCGUUUAUCCCAACCUGGAGGGGGCUCUGAGGUCCUCGUCCUCCCCUCUGGUGUUACCGGCGGUGUCCUGGCCCGCCUCCAACGCAGUGAUUGGUCAGCUGCAGGACCAGUUAGAGACGUCUCCUCUGUACAUGGACCCCGAGACGCUGAGUCAGCUGAGACUGAACGCCUCCUCUGCCGCCCUGCUGGUGUUCAGGCUGCCGUACGGCAUCGGGGCGGACCUGAUGUCUGCGAAGGAGAUCCUCAGUGGAAACGACGAGGUGAUCGGUCAGGUGAUGAGCACCAUGAAGAGCCAGUCUGUCCCCUACACGGCGAUCUACACGGCCCUGAGGCCCUCCAGGGAGGCAGCGUCUGUCUCCAUGGAGGCCGAUGUGGGCGGCGGUCGCUCCCUCUUGCAGUACAGAGACAAAUACAGGGAGAGAGAGAGGGAGAGGGAGAGGCAGCGCAAGAUCAAGGAUAAGGCUGGGAUCUACGGACCAGUGGAGUUCAAGGAGGGGGACGAGACCUGCAUCCUCCUGUGGGCCACAAGCCUGUCAGUGAGGAUCCUUCGCAGCGGUCGCUGGGAGGACCACGACCUGACCCCGUCUACCUUCGGUGAGGGUGUCAGCCCCAAACUCCACGGCUCCACCUGCGACAAAUCCAAAGCCAAGCUGGUUCUGAACUACGAGAACGUCCUCGGUCACCGCAGCUUCAAACUGAUCUUCGCCCUGAGCCAGCGUCACUACAGGGUGUCCGCCCGCCGCUGGUUCACGCUGGACGCCGUGGAGCUGGAGUACGACGGGACCAAAGCCACGUUUAACGGCAGCAGACACAUCUACGCCCCCGCCGAGUACUCGUACCGAUGUGAGUCCGUCACCAACUUCCGUUGGCCCCAGCUGGUCCCACGCUCAUCCAAAGAUCCAGCCAAUCAGUGGAGGGUCUCCUUUGAGGACUUCCAGAUCCAGGGCUUCAACGUGAGCGGCAGCGAGUUCUCCUACGCCAGCGACUGCGCCGGCUUCUUCUCUCCCGGGAUCUGGAUGGGUCUGAUGACCAGCCUCCUCAUGGUCCUGGUGCUCACCUACGGCCUGCACAUGAUCAUGCAGCUCCGCACCAUGGACCGCUUCGACGACCCCAAGGGCCCGGCCAUCUCUGUGCCCCAGACGGAGUAAAACACACACACACACACACACACACUCACACACACACACACACACACACACACACACACACACACACACACACACACACACCUGAACAUCUCCAUCAUCACACCUCUGAAGCCCCUCUCUCUGUCUCUCUCUCUCUCUCUCUCUCUCUCUCUCUCUCUCUCUCUCUCUCUCUCUCUCUCUCUCUCUGUCUUUCUCUCUCUCUCUCUGUCUCUCUCUCUCUCUGUCUCUCUCUCUCUCUCUCUCUCUCUCUCUCUCUCUCUCUCUCUAAUGCUUCCUCUUCCUCUCUUUACAUUCCUCUUCAUCUGUAGUUGGGCAUUAAAGCACCAUAGGUGACGUGUUCAGAGUUGGGGUUUAGAUGUGGAGGUUCAGUUUCAGGCUGAUGAAGGGAUACGAUGUACAUAAAGGGACUAAAGUUAUGAAAUGUUAUUUAUUGAUGGAACUACUCUGUGUGUGUUUACAGUGUUUGUGUUUGUAGCUGUUGAAUGAAAGGAUCACUUUUAAACAUAUCUGUUAGCUCCAGUGUUCGAGUGCAGAAACUUUAGAGGACUAUUAAAAGAGUGUAAAUCAGACGAGCUGUUCUAAAUAAAACUGAACAUUUAAAUACAAGUCAGAGAUUUAGGACUGAUGUGCACUAAAAUAAGUUAAAUGUGAAUCUAUUUAUUUUGUUUAUUUGGAUGAUCUGUGGUGGAUAUCAAACGUGAGGUCCUGAAUAUGGUCCUGUGUGACGUGUACCCUGCUGUGACCCCAAUAAAACCUGAGAAAACCA